AAAAAAGCAAAACUUUGCGCACUCUGCGUAGCGAGGGAGACGCAAGCUGUUUUCCUGAAUCCGGUUCAGUCGUGCCAACGACACCGACGCCUGUGCCCACAGAGCGAUCACAGGGGCUCUCUUACCCGAACGGCACCGAAUGGUAGCAACCGAGAGACGGGUGCGCAGCGAGGAUUUCUCACGGCUCAAGGACGAGAAUGCGCUUCGUUAUGUGCCCACUCAAACGGAUGACAGCCUUUAGACAAAGCUUUAGCGCAAACUUUCCGCUCGACGUUUGAUAUUUGGGGUUGUGUUGAGUCAGGUCCAAGAGCAGACUGUGAUGCAGGUGCAAACUGAGCGCUAAUGUUCCUGAAAUGUCUUGCACUGCGCCGACGCGGUCCAUUGUGCCACGGCAGCCCCGCAUUGACAGAUGCCAUUUUAGUCUGCGUGGUCCCAGCGUCUGGAAUCCCAGCAAAGUGUUGUGUAAUUAGAAGUUGUGCGGGCACUAGCAAACAAGCUGGCGGAAAGGGAAUGAGCGUCCAUGAUACUGUGCGCAAUCGCUGCUGAAGCUUUAUGGGUACGGCGUACUUGAGCUCCAGGUUUCCGGUUGAAGAGGUUUGCUGUGGGGCUCCACUGCUUGUCUGCUUGACACCUGGACGGCCCGGCUCCUGUCAAACGCGGCCUGAACUUCGAUGCUUGUUGACAACUGACUUGACAGCCUCGGAGGGUUUCGUGUUGACUGUAUUGCUGCUGGGGCUCGAAGCAAACCGAUAUGGAAAAAAUGCUUGCUUUGCUAUCGCUGUGUAAAGUCACGCAGAGUUAAAGCAGUGCUAGGGUGACGCUGCAGUCUUUUCAUCACAUCGCCCAUUUGGACGUUCGACUUAGAGAGAACAAAAAAAAAAAAAAAAAAACAACAGCAUCGGCGUGACAGUGGAGUAGGGAAUCGUCCGCCAUACGUCUCAACGCAGUGGGAUUUGUACGUGUGGUCGGCGUCCCCCCCCCACCCUUCCCGCGGUGACGGUUAUGGGUCGGAAGCGGUGUGUAGGUGCAGAUUGUUCCAAGAUGGCGGCCGGGUGCUGCGGGGUGAAGAAGCAGAAGCUGUCGGGAUCGCCCGGGUCGGGGGGUCCCGGCGGGGUGGGGGCUGGAAGCGGGGUGGCAGGAACCGGACAUUGUGGAUCGGAGCUGGGGAUUGGCUCUUCGGCGACUGCUGGUGGAGCGCCGAACGUGAGCAGGGCGAACGGCCUGGGGGGACCCGGGGGCAACGUUAGCGGCGGUGGUAGUAAUAGUGGUAGCGGCGGCGGCACCAGCGUUCUGUCUACUCUGUCUCCAGCCCCGGCCGGGUACACCUCAUCCGGUCUCAGCCCCAAUCUCAGCCCAGGACCUGGAUCGGGAAGUGGAGGCAGAAAAAUGGUCGUUUCGGCGGAGAUGUGCUGCUUCUGCUUUGACGUGCUUUAUUGCCAUCUGUACGGAUACCAACCUCCAAGAACACCCAGGUUUACAAAUGAUCCCUACCCGCUGUUUGUCACAUGGAAAAUAGGCAGAGACAAGCGGUUGAGGGGUUGUAUAGGUACAUUUUCUGCCAUGAAUCUGCACUCAGGACUCAGGGAGUACACCCUUACCAGUGCCCUUAAAGACAGCCGCUUCCCCCCAAUGACAAGGGAUGAGCUGCCUCGCCUCUUCUGCUCAGUGUCUCUUCUCACCAACUUUGAAGACGUCGGCGAUUACCUUGACUGGGAGGUGGGUGUUCACGGUAUUAGGAUAGAGUUUUUCAAUGAGAAAGGAUCAAAGCGCACCGCCACCUACCUGCCAGAGGUUGCAAAGGAGCAAGGUUGGGACCACAUUCAAACCAUAGAUUCCUUACUACGAAAGGGAGGUUACAAAGCUCCCAUCACAAAUGAUUUCAGGAAGACCAUUAAGUUAACCAGGUACCGUAGCGAGAAGAUGACAAUGGGCUAUGCGGACUAUAUAGCCCACCGCCAACAUCAUCACUACCAGAAUGGCAUCGGGCACCCUCUUCCACCCUACAACCAUUAUUCCUGACAGCGAGCCGCAUGACCAAUCAUUAGACCUCUCCGCGGACCUUUUCCCAGGAGAGCCCGCCCCCUCCUGGUCUAGCUAUUUCUACUACUGUACCAUUUUAUGAUGAUAGUUUCCGUUGCCACGCCGGCCGGCUGUCUCCCAAGACGUCGCCGACUUGGCAACGGUCACUCGGUUAACGGCAAGGAAUUCACCAUCUUUUUCGUUGUUUUUCUUCGCCUGUGGUAUUUGCAGCAUACAAAGCCUUUUGUUUGUAUUCUUAACAUUUUUAACCUUUAUUAUUAUCAUCAUGUCUGCCCAGCAAAGGCGUUUGAUUCUGUGGAUGGAAGGGCGCCUCUUUAACCCCGCGUUUAUAUAUUAUUUGGGCUUUGCUACUAUUUUACAUGUAAUCAUUUUCUCGUUUGCCCGAACCUAAACCAUGUAGCAGGGUCACUGUUAGUCUCAAAGGCCAUGUCGUCUCUACUUUGAUCCCUCUCAAAAAAAAAAAAAAAAAAUAUUACGACUUAGGUUGUAUUAGCUUAGUCAACUGGUAGUUUUUAACUAUCCAUAACAGUCAUGUCUUCUGAGCGGCUGCACUCCUCGCUUGAGCUCUUUGUGCGUUGUGGGUGUGGACAUUCACGGUCCCUCGAAGUGAAUUAGACAUCGGAUCCAACUGUGUUAUUUUUAUGUUUUGUGGUGGUGACAAAUGUGUCGUUUGUGAGCAAUAGAAGCGGGAUCCAGAGACCACAGUGUGUGUUUACCGGUAGGGAGGCAUGUGACAGGGAAAUUGAAAAAAGCCAUAUUCUCCCCAUGACACACUCACCACGUGUCCUCGUCGUCAUGUCUUGUGUGUCGUUUGCGUUCCGUUAGAAACAUGGCCUCCCUAUUCUGAUGCGAGCUACGUUCACAACAUAUUACCUGAUUUUGAGAGGUGUCGUUUAGAUUGGACACAGGAAGUGCUCUGUUUUGUCAACUAUGUACAUACACACAAAAUAGAAUUAGGAAGAACGGAUAAAUAAAUCCGAGAAGACAUUUCCUGUUUGGUGGCGAGUUGCAUUUCUACGUAGGCACACCGGGGUGGCGGGCGGGGCUUAUAUAUCACGUUGAAGAAUGCUCGUUUUGUUUUAACAGACUGGAAUUUUUUUUUUUGAGAGAGGUCCUCGUUACUUGACCAACAUCUUUUAUAACAGCCUUUUACCAACUGGCAGGUUCACUUCUUUUCUUUAUGCAAAAAAAACAAAACGUCAAGGGCUUUCAGCACUCCAUCCACAGCUCACCUGAAAUGACGUUUAAAGUUGUGUUGCCUUAAAUGAAUGCGUUAACAGCAAAUGGAACAGGAGAGGAUGCUUUUUUAUUUUAUUUUUAUUUGUUUGCCCCACCCCCUCCCAACACACCCUGUGGUUUGGACUUCCCUUGUCCCAAUCAUGGCACCACUGCUUUGGUUGAUUGUCAAUGUUGUUCAUAGCCAACCCCCGCUCCACCCCUUUUUUUUUUUUUUUUCUUUUUUCUGGAAGGUCAUACCACAGAGAGAACAGUUGAUAGGUUCAACUGAGCAUCAGUCUCCUGUGCCAUUUAAUCACAGCACAACCAGAAAUGAUCUGCUGCAAAACCAAAUUGACCAUGCUCUUUAAGAUAUUUGUCUUUGUAUACACAUGCAAUGUGUUUAGUUGCAUGUACGUAUGUAUGAGUAUGAGACCUAUGGUUUUCUCCAUGAUAUACAGUAUAUAUUAUGCUUGGACACUCUUAUGAACCGUUGAGAGCGUUAAUAGACAAAUAUGGUGCUAUCAGACCUCAUAUUGGGGUGGUCACAGCUCGUGACUGGUCAUGCGGACUCAUCGAUCAUAUCAUACUUUAAAAAAAAAAAAUAAAAAAAAGAUGUUACAUGUAAGAUUUUCUCUAACGUAUAUUGCUGCGAAAUGUGGCACAUUUUAACAUUGAAGGAAGAAAAAAAAAAAAAACUAACGUAGCCCCUCUGCUUUCAUCAAAUCCAUUGUGGGUGACUAUUGGGAUGAGUUCCCUAUGGGAAAAGAAAUAUUCCUUCACAUAUAAUGAAGCGGGAUGAUUCCCAGCAGCAGACUAUAGAAUGUACUGUUAGCAUUCAACUGAGAUCUGUUGUGAGAGAAUCUUACAUGUGUUACCUUUACUCUCCUUGAAAUAUGCAGAUCUGUUCAACAGGUAUUUUUAUUUUUUUGUCGUUGUCCCCCUUUCCCGUGUCAACGUAGGUGCCCGUUUGAAAGGCCAAGAAGUCACAUGUUAGGCACACCAUGGCCCAGCCUCAUGGCCUAAGUCUGUUCAUCUGUUAUCUAGCGGCUGAAUUGUGAAAUGACAAGUCCUGAUAUUCAAACCAAGCAAGAGUUUUACUUUGAACACAGCGCUUAUGUACUGACAUUUUCGAAGCAUCCAUGCCUCAUAGGAAAUUGGACUUUCUUAUUGUGUGGUUUUGUUGUAGCAGUUGUGAGGCUUCAGCUUUUUCCGUUUGGCGGCAGAAUGCUGGAGGCUACGUUCACCUGUUUUGUUUGACUGAACCAAAGAUGCUAGCGGCCAUGUCCAAAAUGCUGCUCAUUUAGUCCGACUUCUUGUCCUUUCAAAAAGACAUCUGCAGUUGACAGAAAGAAAAAAAAAAACAUUCGUUUGUGCGUCUGCGUGUGUGUGUAUAUCGAUCUCUCAACUGUCUGGACUUGUUAAGCAACCGAGGUUCAAUGACUUUUCAUUGAAAAUAUCUCUGAAGCCAUUCAUGGCAUCAAGGGAUGGUCUAAAAUGGUUGCAAAUUUGUUACUUUUAUUAUUAUUAUUGCUCUUAUUCAAAAAAAAAAAAAAAAAAAAAAAAACCUCCCAUGGUGUGCCUCAUAGCUUUAUGGGUUUAUAUUUUUUUUUCUGUUUCCCACAAGACCAGCAGUUACACUUUGUAUAAAAGAUGGAUUUUGUUUUUCUUAAUUUUGAUGCCAUUAAAAAUGAAAAACCCUCUUUUCUUUACUCUGGACCCAGUAGCUGCACUGGUGUACAAUCGCACUGAUACAGUAGAUGAGUAGAUGAAAAGAAAAAAGAAUAAUGACAAAAUAAGAACUACAAUAAACUUGUUUGAAACUUUUUACCAUGUGAUAUUUAAAAAAAAAAAAAAAAAAGAAAAGAAAAAAAAGACUGUUUUUGUACAUCAAAAGUUCUUUUCAAAAGAAUAUUUUGAAUCUAGUUUCAAAAUUAUUUUAGUGGUUUUCUAUCUUCUGAAUAUUUGAGACACUGACUUUAAGAUGUGUCACUGUACAAAAUGAACUUUUUUUAGUUGCAGUGGCCAGAUGGGCUGGGAGGGUUACCUGGUGUAACUCCUCAAACCAAUGUUAAUUUCUUGUCAUUUUGAUUAUGGAAUCUUAUUUUUACUCUGCUUUAGGAACUUGAAACUGUUGAUGGAAAAAAAAACAUGAACCUGGAAAGCUAAAAAUCCCACCCCUGUAGAGCUAGAACCUUCCUCCUCUCCUUGAAUUGCUGUUAGUGUGAUAAGACUUGAAAUGGGCAUUUUUUUUAUCACGAUAAAGAUCCCAAACGGAAAAAAGAAAACACAAAAUCUAU